UUUUCAGGACGCAAGGAGCAGACAUCAUACAGCCUGAACAGAGCCGGUGGAAAAAAAAAAGAAAAAUCUUUCCAUGUUCAGCAGACCGUCAGUGCAGAAGCGUCCCAUCCAAACAGGCAAAUGGGGCUUUUUGACAAGCUUGCAGGGUGGCUGGGCCUGAAGAAGAAGGAAGUGAACGUGCUGUGUUUAGGUCUGGACAACAGUGGAAAAACUACCAUCAUCAACCAGUUAAAGCCAUCCAAUGCUCAUGCUCAAGACAUUGUACCAACUAUAGGUUUCAGCAUAGAAAAGUUUAAGACCUCAAGUCUUUCUUUCACAGUGUUUGAUAUGUCAGGGCAAGGAAGAUACAGAAAUCUGUGGGAGCACUAUUACAAAGAGGGUCAGGCCAUCAUAUUUGUCAUUGACAGUGGGGAUAAACUAAGAAUGGUUGUGGCAAAAGAAGAAUUGGAUACCCUUUUGAAUCACCCUGAUAUUAAGCACAGAAGGAUACCUAUACUCUUUUUCGCUAACAAGAUGGACCUCAGGGAUGCAUUGUCAGCAGUAAAGGUCUCCCAGCUCUUGUGUCUGGAAAAUAUUAAGGACAAACCAUGGCAUAUCUGUGCAAGUGAUGCAGUGAAAGGAGAAGGUCUUCAGGAGGGUGUAGACUGGCUGCAAGAUCAAAUCAGAACGAUGAAAACGUAAAAACCUCCUGAAAUAUAAAAACAGCCGAGCUCAUCAGCUGCAAUGGCAGAACCAGACAAAACAGAGUUUCAACUUUGGGCACAAAAACGGUCUUUGUCAGUUAGGUUGGUAGUGUAAUAAACUGUUUGGCUUUGA